AUGAUAAAUCCUUCACAAAUUAAAGAACAUGAGAGUACAUCAAAAAAAGAUUAUCUCAUUUCUAUUCAAGACGAAGAUACUAGCAUUUAUAUGCAUAAUUUCUACGAGUAUUUGUUUAAUGGCAAUGUAGGCGCACCAGUUCAUGAAAAAUUACAAAACGGUGCUAAAGUACUAGCAUUUCGUUGUGAUAGUGACAUUUGGAUUACAAAGGUUGCUGCUGAAUAUCCCAAUUCAAAAUUUUAUGCAGUUGAUUCUACCAUACCAGAUUCUAGCGAUAAAUUUAAUAAUAUUACAUUUAUUGAAUAUAAUGUUUUUAAAAAGAUAUCAUUCCCAGAUAAUGAGUUUGAUUAUGUUUUUUCUAGAGAUAAAUUUUUACUUAUUGAAAAAACUAUAUUUCAAGAAAUUUUAUCUGAGAUAUUUAGAGUAUUAAAGCCGGGAGGGAUAUCAUGGCUCAAGGCACAAAAUAUUAGUUAUGAUAUAUUGAUAAACUUUGAAAAUUACCUUUAUGAAACUGGAAAAACCGAAUAUAUAACGUAUCGAAUUGUGGAAACACAGGUCAGAAAAGGCUAUGCUUUUGGUGAUUUUCUUAUUGAAAUUAUUCUAAUGUAUUAUAGAAGUGUGAGUGAUUAUUUGGCUUCUUUUAUGAACAUUUCAUUUGGAGAAUAUGAUGACUUUAUGAAUAAUGUUGAAAGUGAGCUAAAUGCUAAAGAUAACAAAACGACGAUAAGACACAAACAAGUACUUGCAAGAAAGAAGUGCACGCAUUCUGAAGAAAACUGA